UCGUCUCCAAGCGCUUCCGGCGCGGCCUGGUGUCAGCGGCGCGGCCAUGGCGGAGUUGACGGACGCGGAGCUCCGGAAAGAGCUGGUAGCGCUCGGCUACCGGCCGGGGCCCAUCACCGCCACCACCCGCAAGGUCUACAUCAAGAAGCUGAACAGCCUGCGGGCCGAGGUGGCGGCGGGCGGGCGCGGGGGCCGCAGCGCGCCUCACAGCCCUGGCCGCUCCCGCGCCGGGCCUCAGCAGGCCGGCAGCGUCAGCACCGCCGGCGCUGUCCGCGACAGCGAGGACGAGGAGGAGGAGGAGGAAGAGGAGGAAAGGGGCGCGUCACGCUGGGAGGAGGGUGACAGGCAGCCCUGGGGGGACUCCCGCGGUUCCCCCCCGGGCCGAGGCGGAGGAUUCGGCUCCGGGGUUGACGGAGGCCUGUCUCGGGACAGCCUGAGCCCCUCAUCGCAGUGGGGAGGGUCUGUGCAGAGAAACUGGGGUGCCGGGGCCAGGCUGGGGACAUCCCUGAGUGGUGUCGGGGGCCCGAGCUCCCCUUCCCAGUGGGAUACGUCCCUAGAGAGGAGCGGGGGGUUAGGGGGUGGGUCUGGCGGGCUGAGCUCCACGUCCCAGUGGGACACGUCUGCAGACAGAAGCAGGGGGCUGAGCACGGGGCUGGGAGGGUCUCUGGGGGGUAUUCGGGAGCCCGUCUCCACGUCGCAGUGGAGCACGUUUGCAGAGAGAAGCGAGGAGCUCGGCGCCGGGCUCAGGCCCACGCUGGACACGGCCCGGGAGCCCAACUCCACGGCCCGGUGGAGCCCAUGCGCAGACAGGAGCGGGGGGCUGGGCGUCCGAGCCGGCUUGGGGACGUCCCUGGAUGGGGUUGGGGGGCUGAGCUCCACGUCCUAUUGGGGUACAUCCGCAGGCAGGAGCGGGGGGCUCGGCUCCAAACCCCUUUCCAGCGAUGAGAGCGAGGGUCUGAAGUCCACGAGCCACUGGGGCACUUCAGGAGGAGGAAUUGGGGGGCAAAGCUCCCGAGCUCAGUGGGAGACAGCGGGGGAAAGGAAAGGGCUGUCCUUUAACAGCUCGUGGAGGCAGGAAAGCGAGGUGACACCCGUGUGGGGCACCUCAGGGAGGCUGAGCCAUCAUUUUGGCAGGGGAAAGGAGGAUUUAGCUUCCAGCGUUGGGAAGGAGGCAGACAGGGAGGUGAAGCCCAGCAGCCGGGCAGGGGGGUUGAUCCGGCGCUUCCCGUGGAGGACGGCGAGCGACACGGCCCCGGCCUCGAGGAGCUGGUGGGAGAGCUCUGGAGCGGGCCAGGGAAUAACCUCCCGCAGCCCCCUGCUGCGCUCAGCCCCCAGGCAGCACGCAGAGGCCAAGGGCAAAGGCCUCGAGUACUACCUGUCGCAGUUCCUUUGCCUCGCCAGCUUCGUGCUGCUGCUGAUUUUCCUGGGCAUCCUCGUGGUGAAGAUGAUUGGCUCAGGCUGGCUCGACAAGAGAGAGGAGAACUUUAAUCUCUUGCCUGUGGAUUGUGACAAAAGGACGGAUGAUUUCUGUCAAACUAAACAGAAGGACACAAUAAUGAACAUGCUGCAGGAGCUGUAUAACUACUUGUCCAUACAAGCUGGUAAUUUUGAGUGUGGAAACCCUGAGAAUCUCAAAAGCAAAUGCAUUUGGGUGAUUGAAGCAAAGGACCACGUGGUGAACAUAACUGGUGGUUCCCCACAGAAGUUUGAAGCUGCCCUGAACUGGAUACUCAACAGUCACAAGGAUUUAGGAAUAUGGUUGAAAGGCAAAGACCUUUCAGAAGCUGUUACCAAAGUGGAGGACGUGUUCUGCCUGGAGUCAGCCCACCCUCAGAUGGGGCUCGGCUGCCGCUUCCGUCGGGCCACGGUCACUGCUGUAAAGAACCUUUUCCUGUGUUUCUGCUGCCUGAUAAGCCUUUGGGGGAUCCUGAUCUUCCUCAGGUAUCGCUGGCGGAAGAUGGAGGAAGAGGAACAGGCCAUGUAUGAAAUGGUGAAGAAGAUCAUAGCUGUUGUCCAGGACCACUAUAAGGAAUGGGAACGGAAUUUGGAGCGUUACCCCUACGUUGGCAUCUUCCACGUCCGGGACAGCCUCAUCCCUCCUCAGAGCAGAAAGAAGAUGAAGAGGGUCUGGGAGAGGGCUGUGGACUUUCUGGCUUCAAAUGAGUCAAGGAUUCAGACAGAGUCCCACAGAGUAGCAGGAGAAGACAUGCUGGUGUGGAGAUGGACUCAGCCUUCGUACGUCUCGGAUUCGGAGCACUGAAGAGAAGCAGAAAAGUUGAGCAGCUCUUGGUUUGGACCUCUGCAAAGGGCCAGGCCUUUGUCUGGCACUGGCAAAGAGCAGCCCACAGUCCUCUCACCUCCUGGGGCUGGGGGACUGUAGGGAUCUGCUUGCUUUUCUGGCUGAAAAUCUUCACACUCCCACCCACCCCCCCCUCAAAACAAAACCCAUCAGGGCAAUAAGGUUGAGCUUGGAAAGAAGGUUGAGCUUGAGCUGGUGGGAAGCUGGGAUUGCACCAAAGUUAGCUUUCUAGCAGAUGUCUGGCUUCCCUAGGCAAGCAAACCUGGGGCAAGUGUUUUAAAAAGAGAGGGGAGGGGGGGAAAAACAAACCCAAAAGAGCAGCUUAUUUAGCACUGAGGGAGUUGGGAUCCCUCUGACACAGCUGAAGGGUUGCAAAUUUGACCUCAGCUCUGCAAAGGCCAACUGGUGGCAAAAGUCCAUCAGGGAAUGUGUUGAAAGAAGAGUUAAACAUUUCCCAUGGAAACAUGCAGGGGCUGACAGUUCAGAUGGUUUCCUCAGUACAAAAACAACAGUGAAAGCACUUGGAAAUGUUUUGGGUGAGGAGAAUGUCUGUGUUGGCUUCACCAACAAAGGGAGGGAAAAGGCAGGUGAAAGGAAAGCCCUGGAGGGGAGGGCAGCCUGCUGUGCCUUGCUGGUUUGGGCUGGAGGAGUGGUGCUUUGACCCUGUUGUGCCCUUGUCAGUCUGUGUGCUUCAUUUCUGGGGAGGGAGGUGGGGAGGGGGAACUUGGGUGGAUAAUAAAGGUAUGUAGGAAGCUUCAGAAAGCGCUUUUUGGUGUGGCUGGAGCCACAGGGCUCUGAAAGCACAGCUUUGGGAAGGCUUUUAGGGCUGAAUGUUUCUGCUGGGGCAGCUGCAAUGUGUGUGCUGUGUGUCAGGAGCUGAGGUUGCCAAUGUGUGUACAGUGACAGCACAGGGCUUGCAGAGUUCCUGUGGCCUCCCAGCAGGCACAAGGAGCAGCUCUCAGGCCUCUGUGUUCCUGCUGCCAAGGCCUUGUAUUCAUUUAGUUGCUUAAGUUUGUUUUUAUGUCCAGCAAACAAGUGCUUGUUUUAAAGAGAACAGCACCAGUGUGUGGCAGUCCAGCUGAGCCAGAGAUGCUGCUCAUCUGCUCUUCCCAGGGCUGGGAAGCAGCUCUCCAGCUCCUGACUGAGGCAGCAGGGACCAAAUCCACUUCUGGCACAAGCUCAUGAAACCUUCAGGUAGAAGGAUUUGAACCCUUCUUAGCCCAGUGGCUGCUGUUCCCUGGCUGCACAGGGAGUUUCCUCUCCCCCUGGUGCCAUGUACCACGUGGGCUCCUUGUGCUGGUCCCUGCUGGCUUCUCAGUCUUAAGUCUGCACUUCUCUAGCCCACUGCAGCUCCAGGGGGUUCCUGACUGCAGCCCCAGGGGGUUCCUGACUGCAGCCCCAGGGGGUUCCUGACUGCAGCCCCAGGGGUGUCCUGACUGCAGCCCCAGGAGGUUUCUGACUGCAGCCCCAGGGGUGUCCUGACUGCAGCCCAGGGGGUUCCUGCACCCACAGGCAGCUGUGGAAGGAGCACAGAGGCUCCAUCCCAAGCCCCCUCCCACAGGCAGCCUCAGCUGAAGCCAGCAGAUUGAGCAGAGCUCUCCAGGAACAACCCAUGAGCAGGUUGUUCCCACGAAGCAGGAAACACCCUGUGUGGAGUUUGACUCUUCCCCCAUGUUUUCUCUCUGUUUUGCUUGCUGAAGUGUUUGGCCAAAGGAGGAGACUCAGCAGCUUCUUCCACUGUUUCAUCAAACAGGGGCUUCAAGUGGAGGCAGCCUUGAUGCUUCUGAGUUGUAGGAAGCAGCUGGUCACUGCUGCCCCAGAACUCCCUGCAGACACUGGUGCCUACCACCUCAAGCCUUUGACUGUUCCUGGGGUCUGGGUUAACCUUCUGAAGCAUCCAGAUGAGGAGUCAGGCUGUGCAGGGGUCUGUGUGUGCCCAGCUGGCUGUGCAGGGUGGGUGUCCCUGCCUUGGUGCUGUUUCUAUGUUCUAUUUAGCUCUGUACAACAAUAUAGCAAAUAAAUUUGUUACAAAGA